AUGGGGCAUUCAGCAGCAGAUUGGGAUUAUAGGGCAGCAAUUGAGAUUACAAAGGAUUGGAAUGGGGUAGAACAAGUCCUGCUUCAGAACCAACAAGGGGCUUCAGCCCGGGUUAGCUUACAUGGAGGACAGGUCACAUCCUGGAGAAAUAAGCACGGGGAAGAACUCCUAUUCACUAGUAGUAAGGCAAUCUUCAAGCCUCCAAAAGCAAUGCGAGGAGGAAUUCCCAUUUGUUUUCCGCAGUUUGGGAACUGUGGAUCACUCGAACAGCAUGGUUUUGCGAGGAACAAGGUCUGGGCGAUUGAUGAUAAUCCUCAGCUGCAUCCCCCAAAUUAUUCCCAUGGAAAAUCCUUCAUUGAUCUACUGCUUAAACCAUCUGAAGAUGACCUGAAGUGCUGGCCUCAUAGCUUUGAGUUUCGCCUUAGGGUGUCUCUUGCAACAAGUGGAGAUCUGACCCUGACAUCACGAGUUAGGAAUGUCAAUGGCAAGCCGUUUAGUUUCUCGUUCGCCUACCACACUUAUUUUUUGGUUUCAGACAUAAAUGAGGUGAGGAUAGAAGGGCUGGAGACACUUGAUUACUUAGACGACCUUUGCGAAAGAAAACGUUUUACAGAACAAGGAGAUGCCAUAACUUUUGAAUCUGAGGUCAGUCGUCUGUAUCUAAGUUCGCCAAAUGUAAUUGCAGUCCUUGAUCAUGAGAAAAAGCGGACAUAUGUAAUCAGAAAGGAAGGACUACCAGAUGUUUCUGUUUGGAAUCCAUGGGAGAAGAAAUCGAAAUCUAUGGUUGAUUUUGGCGAUGAGGAGUACAAACAGAUGCUUUGCGUGGACGGGGCAGCAAUCGAGAAACCUAUCACCUUGAAGCCAGGCGAGGAAUGGACAGGGCGGUUGCAGCUAUCAGUUGUGCCUUCAAGUUUCUGUAGUGAGCACCUUGAUCUCUAG